UCCAGACGGGCUUUCUCCCGCUGUCCUCGGUAAUUCCAGCUCCAAUAGAGUUAAAAAGCUCAGAGCUGGAUCUCGGGAUAGACCUGACGGUCUGCCGCGAGGCGAGCCACCGUCUACAGUCUCAGCCUCUCGGCGCCCCCCGGGUAGAAUGAAGUAGUCUCGAUCAAUGCCCAUCAACGUACACCCAAAGGCAAAGUUGGUACAAAGGGCAAGAAGCAGAUUUUUGAGGAGAAUGAGGCAACCCUCAAGUUCUACACAAGAGUCAUUCUGGGAGCUAAUGCCAUCUAUGUUGCUGUAAAUCUUUUGAUCUUUUACAAUUCUUCUUCAUUUUGGACAUGGCUGUUAUUUGCAUUUGCGCUAGCUGUGUAUGUAGGGAGUUACCGCUCCAUGUCCACGAUGGCCAAACCAGCGUUUGCUGAAGAUGGUAGUCUCCUUGAUGGAGGAAUAGACUUAAACAUGGAGCAGGGAAUGGCAGAACACCUUAAGGACAUAAUCUUGCUGACAGUGUUUGUCCAAGUGCUCAGCUGUAUCUCCUCGUAUUUUUGGUAUCUCUGGCUCCUGGCGCCAGCACGUGCCGCUCACCUGCUAUGGGUGAACAUUCUAGGCCCCUGGUUUUCUGCAGAGAGCCCGUCAGCACCUGAGGAAGUGAAUGAGAAAAAGCAGAGGAGACAAGAGCGUCGGCAGAUGAAGAGAUUCUGAUACUGCAGAGCAAGAAAAGCAGUAUUUUUAUAUGCAGGGGAUCGAGUAUAUAAUCCUAAAUUAUUAUCUAGAAGGCGCUUCGUUGUUAAAUUAAACACAAAUUUGAUCAUGGCCGCUGUUAUUUCCAUGUUUGUUUUCCUGCACUCAAUCCUUUUCACGUCUGAAAUGACAAUUGCUUCGACCUCAUGUAAAGUUGUCAGUGUCCUGUUGGAACCUACACAUUUUUAUUAAAUGCUGCACUUAAACAUCAAGACCAAUCUGAUUAAACAGAUGAGUUUGAAGUCAUAUUACGCUGCAGGGAUGUUUUUAUUUAUAGUGUCUUUUUUAACCAUAAUGUGAUACUGCUCACAAAUGCUGAUUGUGAGUUGUAAAGAGUUCAUUUUUCAUAAAAUGGCCCGGUGAAAUGGUGUGCUAGAGUUAAGACGUCUGGGUCGUAGGUCUGAGGUUCUGGUGUUCAGAUUUCCGUUCUGGCCUGUCUGUAUGUUAUAUUUGUAAGUGCGUAGUUUUUCUCUGAAUGGUCAAACUUCUUAUUUCUCAGUAGUAGCAUAUGUAUAUGUAAAAGUUCUGACUCCAGCAAGUGAUGCUCUUCAAUCUUGAUUUUGUCCACAAGUUGGCGCCAAAGCAAUAUUUUUGUAAUAAAUGGUUUUCAAGUGACAAGUUUUGAGAAAAUGAGAAAAUAACGGAUUCACAUGGUUUUGUCAAAUUAGAUUCAAACAAAACGUUUAACAUCCAACAAAACUUCCUAAGUUCCAAGCAAAAAAAUUAGGCAAAGAAAAAUAAUGGAAUUAAGAGAAAGCAAACUAAGGCAGCAAAAAUGAUCACUUUCAAUGUUUACAAUUCCCUGUUUUGCGUUCUCAAUUGGUUGCCAACGGUGGAUUCAACCGCAUGUUACUUGCACACAUCUCCUGAUUCUUAAGCUUAUUAUAUAGGGUUGCCAACUGUCCCUUGAAAAAAGGAAUUGUCCCGUAUUCAGAAACAAAAGUACGUGUUCCUUCUACAGCUUUCAAGGGACGCGCUUUGUUCCUUAGCAUGAAACCCAGAAAAUAGUGUCUUGUUUGUAGAAGGAAUGAAUACUGGUGGUAUGGUGCUCUACAAGAAUAUGCAGGGAAAUGCAUUCCCCCGCCUCUCCUGCUUUUUGACCAAUAUGGAAUCCCACAACUCAUUGGCUUGCCAUGAUGGAAAUGGGAGACAACAUACUGUAAGUGUUGGAGACGAGGUUUGAGUGAAGCUUGAGUAAAAAGCAUGAUCAAGAUGAUAAUUUGGUUUCUUGUUCUUCUCUGUGUAUUUUCACUCAUUCUGUUAUAUUUUUGUGUUCUGUCAAUUUCAUUUGUAUUUCCACAUUAUCUUUUGAGUGAUCAUUUGCAAAAAUGUUAUUGCUGGAGGAACUUUGAACGCACCUAAGUUGUUGAAAAAAUCUUUACCUCAUUGCUGAUAACGAUUGUUUUUUUUCUAUAUGCUUAUAUCACAAAAUACAGGUAGUCCUCAGCAUAGGCGGAGUUUGACUUUUGUGGCAGGGGGGCACAAUAUGUUAAUGACCCCGAAACGCAGUGUCAGCAAUAAACUUAUCUUACAAGAAUAUUUAUAAUAAUAAGUUGAAAACGAGCGUUUUUUUGUUUCCCAUCAUUCUUGAGGGGAAUUCCAAAUCAGGCUGCUUAUGCUAUAACUUUCGCCAUGAUUUUCAUCCAUUGAAUAUGGUACGCCCACCGGUGUCGUGCUAAUGUAGUUACCCCAGUCAAAAAUUUGUAUCUCCUGGGCGGAGCCACUGCGCUGGUGAUGUAGUUAUCUACAAGGUUUUAAAACAUGGCACAUCCAUAAAAAAAAAUAAAAAAAUUGUCGUAUAUUGUAACCUACGUACUGAACGUAAAAAAAGGCAAUGUUUCACUGUUUUACUCGUACUGUUAUUACUGUAAUU